CGCACCUACCAAUUGCCUAGGCAGAGCUGUUUGUCGUACACUUUGCUUGAGGGUUCAUCCGGGACAGAACUUCUUGUUAGGCAAUUUGGCAACAUGCCACCUCAAGAAUAUUUCGAUCGGAUUCCUCCGUUCCCUUCAGAUCUUCCCGUGGCGUCACUGUCAAAGAUCUCACUCGAAGGGUUGAAGAACAACACGGCAGGAGAAGUAGAGAAAUUGUUCGAAGCGUGCCAGAAAUGGGGAUUCUUUCUGUUGGACUUGAGGGAAUCAGAUCAGGGGGCUACUCUGCUGCAGGAUGCGGAAGCAAUGUAUAAAGGCAUAGGAAGUAUAAAGACGGACAAUGGCGACGCCGACCAUAUCCACGCCUACUCGCUAAGUCAAGACGAAGUGUUAGGAAACCCCAGUCACUCACGCCUCCACCCUGAUGUGAUCAACACCACCAAAGAGCAGCUCCGACGCUUUAUCGAACACGCUCAUUCACCCCAGACACUCGAAGCAUUGGGUCCAUUGAACCAAGAAUCCGACAGUGUUGUCUGCCUGCUCUGGAGCCCAGCUCAAACUGAUCCCAACUACGAUCGCAUAUCGUUCGGCGGCCAUACUGAUUUGGGAACCAUGACGCUUUUGUUCAACAUCGCAGGCGGACUCCAGAUUCUACCUGCUGGAUGUGAAAAUAUCAAAGAAAAUUGGCGCUACAUUAAGCCUGAACCCGGGUGUGCUGUGGUGAAUGUUGGCGACACGUUGGUGGAAUGGACGGGAGGUGUCCUGCGCAGUUCCUUACACCGUGUGGUGACAGCUCCAGGGGACCAGGCAAAGGUGCAGCGAGAAAGUGUGGCCUAUUUGGUACGUGCUAAGCGAACCGCGUCUCUUCAGCGCCUGAAGGAGGGCGUUAUCCCGCCUUUACUACCCGGGGAAGAGGAAGAAACCCGCACGGUGGAUGAGUGGAGCGAAUGGAGGUCUCGGCAAAUCGCCUUGGGACAGUUGAAGCCUGAGUCGAGAGGCGGAUGCAACGCGUAA